CCUGUUCGUAAACACUGACUCGAGCAAUCAACAUCUCUCCAUCUUCCAUCUCCAUCAAGCCAUCUCCCUCUCUCAACCACUAUCAUGUCUUCCAAAGAGCAGCAAGCCAAAUCCGCCGAACAAGUCAUCAACUUGUCUCAAUCCGAACUCAAGAUUAUCACCCUAGGCGUCCGCUUCAGCGAUGCCGGCAAAGUCGACUACGAAAAGGUCGCCAAAUACGGCGGCUGGACCAAAGGCUCGGCCCAGGUUCUCUACCGCAAGGCGCUGCGCAAGCUCAUGGACGCUUUCCCCGUCGACGAGGAAGCCGAGUCCGCCGACCCCAGCGCCGCUGAUCCCGUCACCCCCGGACCCAAGUCUGCAUCAAAGGGUGGCAAGCGCCGGGCUAGUACCGGCAAGAAGCGUAAGGAUGUUGAAAACACCCCCGUCGAGCUGGUAACCGGUGGUGCGGGUGAUGCUGAGAGCCCUACCCCGGCGAAACGCCAGCGCAAGACUCUUGUUAAAAAGACUCCUGUCAAAUAUGAACCCCUCGCGAAAGACGAAGAAGAGGACGUCGCCGAACCUGACGACAACAACAAUGCUGGCACCGAGCAAGACUCCGUCGUCGUUAAGCCCGAACCAGAGAUUUACGGUUUCACUUCUGUGAAUCAGUAGCCAG